AGGAGGGCGACAGAGCAGAGCAGAGCUGAGCCGUGAGGAGAGCAGAGUUUGCCGAAUACAUGAGACUGUGUGUCCCGGUGUCGGAAAUUAUUAUCUCCGCAUUCUGGGAAUUUCAUUUGCCACCAGACAAGUGGCUGCGGGUUGAAGCUGCUUCUUUGCCUUUCUGUGAGCGUAGCGACCCGGACACGACGUUAGCAGGAGCGGCCGGCUGCAGCCUAGCUGAAGAUGUCUGAUAAUGGGGAGGUCGAGGACAAGCCCCCUGCUCCGCCCAUGAGGAACACCAGCACCAUGAUUGGCUCCUGUAACAAGGACCCCGCCCCCCUCAACCACGGCUCCAAGCCCCUCCCGCCAAACCCAGAGGACAAGAAGAAGAAAGACCGCUCGAUCCGCUUCAUCCUGACAGGAGGAGGCGAUAAGACCUAUAAGAAGAAGGAACGCCCAGAGAUUUCUCUGCCAUCUGAUUUUGAACACACCAUCCAUGUCGGCUUUGAUGCUGUUACCGGGGAGUUUACUUCACACUUUAAAGAUUUACUGAGAGCAAACGUGGUGUGCUUCUGUGGUGUGUGUUUAGUGAUGGGUUUUUCUUUUCCUUCCGUCGUCACGGAGACCUGCAUGGAUGAAGCCCAGAUAGCUGCUGUGUGCAGAGAGUGUCUCCAGGCUUUGGAGUUCCUCCACUCGAACCAGGUCAUCCAUCGAGACAUUAAGAGCGACAACAUCCUGCUGGGCAUGGACGGCUCCGUCAAACUCACUGACUUUGGGUUCUGCGCCCAGAUCACUCCGGAGCAGAGUAAACGCAGCACCAUGGUCGGGACUCCCUAUUGGAUGGCUCCAGAGGUGGUGACCCGUAAAGCUUACGGCCCCAAAGUGGACAUCUGGUCCCUGGGCAUCAUGGCCAUAGAGAUGGUGGAGGGGGAGCCGCCGUACCUGAAUGAAAAUCCACUCAGGGCGCUGUAUCUCAUAGCAACCAACGGGACGCCGGAGCUGCAGAACCCGGAGAAGCUGUCGACGACGUUCAGAGACUUCCUGAACCGAUGUCUGGAGAUGGACGUAGAGAAGAGAGGCUCGGCUAAAGAGCUACUGCAGCAUCAGUUUCUGAAAAUGGCGAAGCCCCUCUCCAGUCUGACUCCUCUCAUUGUGGCUGCGAAGGAGGCGGCCAAGAACAACCGCUAGCUAGCCUUGCACUCAUUAUUCUGUCUGUCCCCCUCCCCCCUCUUCUCCCUCUCUUCCUCUCUCUUUCUUCUUUUUUCUUUUCUUUUUGGUAGACGGGAAGGCGGCGAUAGCUGCCGUCUGGGUUGAAUGACUACAGUCUCUCCCUCCCUUCUUUUUGUCUUUUGUAACCUGCACCUGACUGCUCCUUCACUCAUGAUCUUUAACCCCAAGCUUGAACUCCCUAAUACCCCCUCCCCCCUGACAGGGAGAAAGAAGGGUAGUUUCUUCUGGACUCGAUCACGAAGACAGGGGGCUAACUAAAUGACAUCAUCUGUGACCAAGUAAUGUCAUCGCAGACAUCAUCGCCCCCUCAGCUGGUACGAACAACACAAUAUUGGAAAGAGAGUUUCAACAGAGCCCAAAGACUCAUGGGAGUUUUUUAUUUUAUUUUUUACGUUUGUUUGUUUGUUUUCUUACGUGUGUGCGUUUGUGCGUGUGUAUGCGUUAGCUAAGGGCCUAGCUUCCUGUCAUGCGUUUAUGGGUUUCAGUCAGACUUAUUUCAUUUUCUUGUAUCUAAAAGUGCAUUUGUUGAUUUUCAUCUCAUCACUCUUUUUUUAAAAUCAACAUUUUUGUGUGUUGUGUGUGUUUGACUGUGUGUAUUUUUUUUCACAGGGGGAUGUUGGAAUAUUGAUUUAAGUUGAUUGUAACGUUACCUUCUGUAGUUUUUGACAGGGAGCAGGUGACGUUUGGUACUUUGUCUUGUCUGCAUUGUGAGCUGUGAGUUAGAGAAUAUUCAUAUUGAUUAUAAUAAGGAAAGGCUGGCGGACCCAGAGCCAUCGAUGGAAGGAGGUUGGACAGUUUGGAGGUUUUUCCCUGUAAAAAAACAGACAUUUUGUCUUCACAACAUUUUCUUUUGCUCUUUUUACUUUUAUUAGGUUUUGUAAAUCAAUCACAGUUGCUGAUAUUGGACCAGUGUUUCCCAUUGUACGGGUACCUGCAGGGCUCAAAAUCAUACUCAGGUUUUUUGCUUUUUAAACUUCCUUACUGCUGUCAGAGAAGCUGGAUCCUGAUGGAAAUAUAAGCAGCUGUUUUUUGUUUGUUUGUUUAACAUUAAUAAGUAUUACUCCAGCGAUGUAGUAUUGCACUCCUACUAAAUCUUUUGACUCAAGAUAGACAAAAGAUCAAAAUCCAUGUAGCCAGACAUAUCGAACCUUCUGUUUUAUUCUUAUUUCACUGUUCUUAGUUGAAUGUUUUCUUAUCAGAGCUGUAUUGUGUUACAAUCACAUGACACUGACACAAAUAAAUUAAGUCUUCUCCAGAAGAUUUAUUGUCACAUCCUUGUCUUGAAAUGACGGAUGCAGACAGCAGUUAAUGAGCUUUAGCUCCAAACAACACUCAUAUUCUCCCUUUUAAAGCUAAUAAGGUGUCAAAAAGCUCAAAGAGAAGCAUAUCAGAUUUUCUUCCUGCACUAUUCUUAAAUCAGGUCAGCAUCGCCUUCAGAAACAUAUCUAAAUGCAAUGAAAGAGGAGCUGUUUACCCAUAAUUCACUCUGGCAACCUCGCUCCAUCUGCGGCUCUGGGACUUCUCUGUCUGCAGGCUCGAGGGAGAGAAUGUGCAUGUCAACAACCUUUUUUUAUACGGUACAUUCAACAUAGAGAAGAAAAAUAAUAAAUGAGUUUUGUCAAUGCUGAAAGAGUGGCGAUACAUGAAGGACACUUGUGUAUGUAGGAAAGAUCGUAUCUUAAUCCUAAAGAAGAAUGACACAAUAAAUGCUACGAGUACAAUUCUGUAGUUUUCUGCCUGGUGGACUGUUUGGAUCCCAGGAACCCUCUGGACAUAAGGUGUAUAUUUUACAUGCAAAAAAUGAGAGAAAAACAAUCUGUUUCUGCCUUUGUUUACAGACUCACUGUUUUUUUUAAAUAAUUGAUCAAUGUCUGAAAAUGACUUUUUGAUUUGGAUACCAACGUUUGAGUAUUUGUUUUGGAUUUUUUUAUCCUGCUGAUUAAAGGUCAAAAUGUUCAAAUCUUGGCUGCAAGAGCCGAAGUUUCCACCAACAGCCAGGGUCCUUCGCUCUGCAUUCGAGCGUCAGAUUAAAAAACAUUUCCAAAACAUCUAUUCAAAACUAUCACUUUGAUUUCUGCUGUUAGUUGUUUUUAGUGUUUUCUUUUAUGUAGUAUUAAAGUACCCCUGGCCUUAAUCUGUUUCAAAGGUGCAAGACUACUUUAGUGCCGAUCUGAUGGCAACAUUUUGAGGCAACAGGGAAUGUUGUUGCUGCAACAAACAAUAAUUUGGAGUAUUGAUUGAUCUGCUCAUUACUCUCUUUAUUAAUGGAUUUGUGAAAUAGCAAAAAAUAUUGAAAACAUGUUCAUCACAAUUUGAUGAAGGUGAUGUCUUCAUGUCCUGUUUUGUGCUACCAACACCCCAAAAACAUACUCCGUUUAUAAUAAUAUUAAAUAUUAAAAGCAGAAUGAUUGGCAUGCUUUCUUAAAAAGGUAAACGAAAAAACAAAAUAUUUGCAGAUAAGUUUCGUCACUGCAACAGGGAGAGGCGUCGCCCACAGAUUCAUGAUCGUCAUUGUGCUCACAGAUUUGAACUCUGAACAACCGGUGGGAACAAUGACUGCUGAAGUGUCUUUGAGCGAGACACUGAAGCACACAGCUGUACACUCUGGCUGCAGUAAAGAGGAUCAAUGCUGUUUAAACUGCCUGAAACUGUUGCCACUGUGUGUUUGUGUGUCCUGGUCUGAACCCCCAGCACAAAGCUGGACUUAAAGGAUUUUGCUGUCAAUAAACAAAAAUGAAAAGUAACACUAAACAUUCAGAGUAUCCUAUGACACCUGUCAGGGAAAAACACACAAUUUUGAAAACAAUACAUAGUCCAUCUACCAAGAUGUGUGCUGACCAAACCGUAUGUGGAUGAAUUAUCUUGUACCAGAUGAGCUUCACAAUGUUAUUUUGGAUAAAUUGUUUGUUAAAUAAGGAACCGCUUCAAGUAGUCUAAACCUUUUAAGGUAACGUCAUAGAACAAUCUUAUAACACAAGAUUAAUUCCAUUAAUGUUAAUAUAAAACACAAUCAAUUUCUUAACUGUGUAAAUCCAGUAGCUUUCUGUUUGUGACCGUUUGUAAAGGGUGGAGAGGAGAUAUUCUAAAUACCCCAGAAUUUCAGGGUAGAGGCCGAUCCCUGAUUAGCCUUCACGUGAGUGUGAAUAGCAUUCUGAGUUUCAGCAAUCGUUAGUUGAACAGGCUGUUUGUUGUAGAGGGUAGUUUGGCCGACAUACACCAGACUGCAGGGACAGCUCAUAGUGAAUAACAGACUGGGUUUGGAACUUCUUCUCUCAGGGUGUCGCUCUUCUGUUGGAGGGCAUGUCUGGGUCCGGGACUCCUGAUCUGUCCAUGAUCAUCCUUUGUGACCAUUUAUUCUUACCUGCCUGACGACCAUCACAUUCAGCCUCUAGAGGAAACAAACAGACUGCUACUGACAUGGUGGUGUGUCAGAAGUACUGCUGGAGCUCAGAACAAGUUUAGUACUGUGAAUUACUUUGGUACAAAAUAAUAAUUUUAUUGUAUGAAGUGACCAUCAAUAUGCAGAACACGGUUCUCUUGGCAGCUUCAAGGGGGGUUCAGACUUGGUACAGUCCAAGUUCUAAAAGGGGGACUUGGUUCAGUCCAGGAUGAGACGGUCACAUGAAGUCUUCACUCCCCUGUGUACCAGAGCCAUAAUUUAUCUGUUUAUAAGUCAUUUUGAUGAUUUGAAACAACUAUGAAAAAUGAAAAAAAUAAAACUGUACAAAACUGAAAA